AUGACCAAUGCUGACGCAAUCAACAGAGUGGGUGUACGUCCCCGCGCACCGACGUUGGACGUGGGCGCUAUGCCGCUGGGCCGCCACUCUAAGCCUCCUCAAGGCUCCGCACCGGAGAGCACGGAGGGCUACAGCAGUCCUCCUGUCUCAGAACCAAGCACGCCAGAUAACUCCAAGCCUGGGUUUCCCUUCAAUUUUGGGCGUCCUCAAGGGCUCGCCUCUAGCCUGCUCGAUCGAUCGGAUUCGAAUCGUCGGGCCAGCCGUGACCCAAUACCCGCAUCCUCUUCCGCGGGACGCUCAAGCAGGACUUCUUCGAAGCAGAUGACCAAGUCCCAGUUCUAUCUCGACAAUCUCCGUCCCGAGGACGGACGGGCGGCUCAGACCCUCUUGUCGGGGUGCCUCCCCCACGAACAGACGCCUCCUUAUUCCAGCAUCAUGACUCGCCUCGAACAUGCCCCCAAACUCACUCUGGGUAUGUUUAUGAAUGUGCCAACACCUAUGGUCGCGGGCCCACUGUCUGUGGCAUCCGGCGAGUCUCGGCGCAAACUGGUGGGUGUGUGUAGCGCGACCGCCGCUCCUGCCCCCAUCGCGCAAAGUCGGCACGCUCACAGCCACUCGGGUCUGGCCCGCGUGGUGUGCAUUCACGAAAUUUGCGUCGACCCCUCCUAUCGCCGCCAAGGCAUCGGAAAGAGGCUCGUGCGUACAUUUCUCGAACAGCUUGAAAACAACAUUGUGUCAGGCGAUAGCCUCCAUGGCCAGGAGUUUGAGGUGGUCGCGGCCAUAUGUCCCCCCAAGCGCGUGUCUUUCUUUGAACAGUUUGGGUUUGUUUGCCAUGGUGCUAGCUAUAUUGAAGUAGCGCCGGAGCCUUGGCUGGAAAUGAGGCGCUUUAUUCAUCCCGACAUUGACCGCUCGCAUGAAGCAUCUUUUCUCACCGCCGAUAUGGCGGAACUAUCCCAAACUCUCCCAUCAUCGAUGGGCUCACUGCCGCAAAGCAUCCUCGUGGAGCACAUGUCCGGACCGCACUCCCUGGGCAGCAGUGAUCAUGAGACUGGUUUCACGCCCUACAGUCCCACGAAUGCGAACGCCCAGACACACUCUCCUUCCGCCAUGUCCCCCAAGACCGGUAGUCUAACGAACGAUCAGAUCCUUACGAUGCUGCUUGAAAACGCUAGUAUCUCGGAGGGUGCCGCUCGCGAUUUGGGAAUAUCCGUUCCAUCCUCCGAAUCCAAGCAAAAUCCUGCCUGCUCCUUCGAGCGCAUUUUCGGCCAAGCCAUCGCCGGUAAAACGGCAUCCGAGAAUUUCUACUCUGCCCUUGUGGCGCGCUUGGUUGACCGCAACUAUGGACUGAAUAUGCACCGCUUGUACUGCCCCAACGAACACUGUGAUUGCGUGUUGCUGAAUCGAAAUUCGUCCGAGUGGAUCAUCCGUGAAACAGGCCCCUUGCUGGAUGCUGUUCCUACGGCUAGCAGUGACUCGGGCGAGACAGAAGCCGACAGUUCCCCUCAGGCGAGCAAUGCGCCCUGGCUUAACUCCCUAUUCCAAUCGACCAGCAAAUCCGUCGAUUCCAUUGGACCUCUCCGCGGCUUUUGGCAUGUACCUGGUCCCAUGAGUUUCGAAAAUAUCUCGUUUAGCCGUGACGUGACGUGGUUUGCCCAGUUUUCGGAGACAAACACGUCCAAUUGA